AAGUUACGAGAAAUUACUAAAAUUGUCUAAACAAAAUCUAACUUAAAAAUUUUUAAAAACUGAUUCACUCUAUUACACAUUAUCUUGAUGCUUUCGUUAAGUCCGUCUCAUUUUAAAUGGUUUAUAAUAAAUAGAGGAAGUACUGAACUUGGAUUAUUGACAAGAUUGCUUGUAGGUCAUGGAAAUAGAUAUACGCAAAGUAAUAUGCCAAUACUUUUUAUCUUAUUCUGCAAUGCAUAAAAUUACAGCGUUAAUAAUGGAGAAAGUUCAUUGGUUAAUGAUUUUUUUGAUAUUUAUUCCAAACUUCACUCUAAUUGCUGCUCUGUAUGCUUCCAGUAAAGGAACUCUGCUUUAUCAAGAAAAACUCGUAAUGCUUUUAUCAGCCGUAGAUUUAACUGUUGCGGUUGUUCAAACACCACUUAAAAUUCUUAUUACCACAUACUUAGAUAAUAUGAAAUGCUUUCAAGUUGCCAUAGCAGCAUUUUGGCAUUUGUUUCCAACUAUGUUUUCCUGCUGUGUUGUUGUAGUUAUAUCAGUUGAACGCUAUUUAACAAUUGUACAUAACAACAAGUGGCAUGGAAUUCAAAUAAAAAAUAUUCACUUAACAUUUGUUGUCUUCUUAUUUUUUACAAUAAGUAUUGCAUUGAGUUUAUGGUUUGCAAUAUCUAUUGCAACUAGUUCCUACGAAAACUUUCCUUAUAUCUACUCAUCUAUUGGAUCUGUAACAUUUUUUUAUCUAAUUUUUGUUACAUUUACAAACAUCAGCUUGUUAACUGGUACUAAAGAAAUAAUGAGAAGCUGUGACAUCAAUAUUCAGAGAAACAAAAUGUUAGAAAAACAAUUAAAUAAAACAAUUGCGAUGAUAUCAGUUACACUUGUUGUUCUCUACUUACCUACCGUUGUAGCAAUGCUAAUUUUAGUUGCUGCGCUCAAAACAGGAAAUGAUCUAAUAGAAAAUAUCAGCAUUAUACUAAUGAGCUGGUCACUUCUUUUAUGCCAAGCAAAUUCUAUGAUAAAUUCCGUAAUUUAUAUUUUAAGAUGUCGAAAAAUUAAAAACUAUUUUCUAUAUAAAAUUUCAAAUGUAUUUAUAAGAAAAAAAAAAGUAUCAGCAUAAAAUUUAAGUGAAACUUUAAAAAAUAUAAAGCCAUUCAAACACCAGUGUUGUUGGGAAUCAGUCAUAGGUAAAUAAAACAUUUUGAAAAUUUAUAACGUAAUCCUUUAGAUAAUAAUCAUGUCCUCUACCUGCUUCAAUCAAAUAUUAAUUAAUAAUA